AUGUCUACAGCAACACAUCACUGUCUUGGUAAAAAGUCAUCGAUUCCUUACAUUCACUCAAAUCACAAGUCCACGACAUCAUUAUACCAACAACCAACGGAAUCGAUGAUUGAGGCCGCAAAGAUUGAUUACGCUACCCGUCUUUUCAUCUACACUCGACAACAACUUCAACAAGUAUCCUCCUUAACUUCUAAAGGUCAAGAAAAUAAAAGUAAAAAGUUUACGCGAAAUGGGGUGAAGGAAUAUAAUGAAAUUCGUGGCAGGAAGCGAAACGAAAUUGCGUUGGUGGAUUUUGGUAGUUGCCAAAGAUCUUUGAUUCAAGUCACAGUGUUCGAUACACCUAAAACCGAACUUGAAAAAAAAGGAAUGUAG